CGUCCCCGAUGUCUUCUGAUGAUGCACCACCAGUGGACGUCGUUGUUCCGCCCGGUGCCUCACCCCCUCCUCAGCUCCUCACUCCAUCAGGAUGCGCUGACCUCAUGCAUGGAUCCAAGCUAAAAUCUCGGAGUGAAAGAGCGGUAGGGGGAGAGAAAGGAGUUUUGAAAAGACCGGCGGAAGGAGCGGGACUCGCUAUAAGGACGCAAGCGACUCUUAAGUUCAGCUGGAAGAAACAAACAACAACACAGGAGGAGGCUUGCGAAAAUUAAGAAAAGUAGCUGAUAUCUUUUUAAAUCUUUCCAGCCACAGACACUUUGGGGACCAGCAGACCGACCAUGAUAAGGGCUCUGGAUGUCGUCCUGCCUGCGCUGCUCGCCGCCACCCUGCUGUCCCGGAGCGCCUUCGGCGGCUACGGGAUGAGCCUGUUCGCGGCGCAGACCUCCCCCCCGGACCCCUGCUACGACGAACACGGCAACCCGCGGCGCUGCAUCCCGGACUUUGUCAACGCCGCCUUCGGGAAGGAGGUGAGGGUGUCCAGCACCUGCGGCAGGACGCCGAGCCGCUACUGCGUGGUGACCUCCGUAGAGAAGGGGGACGAAAAGACCCGGAACUGUCACACCUGCGAUGCCUCCGACCCCAAGAAGUACCACCCGCCGGCGUACCUGACGGACCUGAACAACCCGCACAAUCUCACCUGCUGGCAGUCCGAGAACUUCGUCCAGUUUCCACAAAACGUCACCCUGAACCUGUCUCUAGGAAAGAAGUUUGAGGUGACUUAUGUGAGCCUGCAGUUCUGCUCCCCCCGUCCUGAAUCCAUGGUUAUCUACAAAUCCAUGGACUACGGGAAAACCUGGGUGCCCUUUCAGUUUUACUCCGCGCAAUGCAGAAAGAUGUACAAUAAGCCCAACCGGGCCGCGAUAACCAAGCAGAACGAGCAGGAGGCCGUCUGUACGGACUCCCACACCGACAUGUACCCGCUGACCGGCGGCCUUAUCGCCUUCAGUACGUUGGACGGCCGCCCGUCCGCACACGACUUCGAUAGCUCCCCGGUGCUGCAGGACUGGGUCACGGCCACAGACAUCAAAGUCACCUUCAGCCGCCUGCACACGUUCGGCGACGAGAACGAGGACGACUCGGAGCUGGCGCGCGACUCCUACUUCUACGCCGUGUCGGACCUGCAGGUCGGCGGGCGGUGCAAGUGCAACGGGCACGCAUCCCGCUGCGUGAAGGACCGGGACGGGAGCCUGGUGUGCGAGUGCAAGCACAACACCGCGGGGCCGGAGUGCGACAGGUGCAAGCCGUUCCACUACGACAGGCCGUGGCAGAGAGCCACAGCCCGGGAGGCCAACGAGUGUGUCGCCUGCCACUGCAACCUCCAUGCCAGACGGUGCCGAUUCAACAUGGAGCUGUACAAACUGUCGGGGAGGAAGAGCGGAGGAGUCUGCCUCAACUGUCGGCACAACACAGCAGGUCGCCACUGCCACUACUGCAAGGAGGGCUACUACAGAGACCUGUCCAAGCCCAUCACACACAGGAAGGCCUGCAAAGCAUGUGAUUGCCAUCCCGUGGGCGCUGCUGGCAAAACCUGUAACCAAACCACAGGACAAUGUCCCUGUAAAGAUGGCGUGACUGGUAUCACGUGCAACCGCUGUGCUAAAGGCUACCAGCAGAGCCGCUCGCCCAUUGCCCCCUGCAUAAAGAUUCCAGUUUCACCUCCCACGACUCCGUCCAGCAUCACAGUUGAGCCAUCAGACUGUGACUCUUACUGUAAAGCAUCAAAAGGCAAACUGAAAAUCAACAUGAAGAAAUACUGCAAGAAGGAUUAUGCUGUCCAGGUGCACAUCCUGAAGGCAGACAAAGCUGGCGAGUGGUGGAAAUUUACCGUCAACAUCAUAUCCGUCUACAAGCAGGGGGAAAGCCGCAUCCGCAGGGGGGACCAGUUCUUAUGGGUCCGUGCCAAAGACGUGGCCUGCAAGUGUCCCAAGAUCAAGCCCGGGAAGAAGUACCUGCUGCUAGGGAACGACGAGGACUCCCCCGGCCAGAGCGGAGUGGUGGCGGACAAAGGAAGCCUGGUCAUCCAGUGGAGGGACACGUGGGCACGCAGACUGAGAAAGUUCCAGCAGCGUGAGAAGAAAGGAAAGUGCAAGAAGCCAUAGGUGGGGAGCAAGCAGAGGGGAAGCUGGAGAACGGAGAGGAAUCCUCAACAGGUUCUCAGAAAAAAAAGAAGAAAAAAACAAGAGAAAGUGAGCUCAGAGAGAGACAGAGGACCCGGGACAGAGGACACUGUUUAUGUCGCUGCUUUUUGUGUAGAAGCAUGAAGAGAAUUAUUUAGGAUGAUUUGUAUUUUCUAGUGAACUUUUGUUGAAGGAGGUCACCUUGCAGAUUUGGUUUCAUGGUUUAUUUUACCCUGAGGUUCGUCUCUCUUGUGGAUUUGGCGAAUUUGCACCUAUUACCAGUAUAUAACAUUAUUUGUGUUUGUUUUCUUUACUCUAGUAUGAAAACCCUGUAUUGAAUGCUCAAAUUUUUUAUGGACAUCCUACGCUGGUGCAAAUGACAAAAAGACACUUAAUUACAGCUGCAAUAUUGCCUCUGCAUGUGUUGUUUUUUUUAACUGUAUUUUUCACAUAUUUUCAACUGGUUUCAUGGAAAGCUGUCGUUUAUCUGAGGUACGUGCUGUGAAAGCUACUGUUGCUAUGUCAAACCAACAUACAUGUGGUUGUCUUUCGUGUGCUCCGAGUCAGGAAUAUCUGCAGUUUAAACAAUCAUAAUUCUCUCAGUUUUCUUUUUCGUGAGUUCUAAGAUUAAGAAUAUGCAAGUGGAAGAAGAGGAACAGGGACAGAGUUUAGUUUUUAUUUAUAAAAACUCCUCAACUACACAUCUUAAAUCGUAAAAGCUAUGAUGCGUUACGCUAAGAGUACAUAUUCCCCCUUCUUAUUUGAGAACGGUCAAAUCACUUAGGUGGCUGUUGAAGGAAUAAUUCGAGAUUUUUCAAGUGAGAUUCUGUUAAUAGGUUCUAAGCAGACAAUAUGUCAGAGCAUCUCAAAUAAUCAUCAAAAAUGUAAACUAAUCCACUGUAUGUUGGUUAAAGAUGUUCUUGUCUGUCUUUGUAUACAUGUGGACUUAUUCUAUAGAGUUUCAUAAGAUGGUCCAACAUUUGUAACUAUAACAGCUUCAGCUCCUCUCUGAAGCCUGGCUACAAGGCUCAGGAGUACGUUUAGGAGAUUUUAUUACCAUUCUUUGAAAAGUGCAUUUGUGAGGUCACAUAUUGAUAUUGGAUUAGAACGCCUCACACUCUGCGUUCUGAGAGUGAACGCUGAGAGUGAGGCGUUCACUCUCAGGACACCUAAGGACGUUUAGGCCCUGAUCCUAAAGAUGUUUUAUGAUGUUUUAUGUUCCCCAUCUAUAUACAGUAUAUGCAUUUGUUCAAAAACAUUGGCACAUCCUUGAAAAGUCCUGAACUAUUCCUUUGAGGUACUUUUGUAUUUUAAUUCAUAUUUGAAGAGUUCAUUUCUUAUCAGUUUAUUUAAACAAGUAAUUUUUGUUACUGGCUUUUAAAGAAGACUUGCUUUUUCAAACAGCUUAUCGACCAGAGCCCACUCACAGUUUUACAUGAGUUUUUACAUCAGAUCUUAAAAUAUUUUUUGGAACAGUAAAGAUAACAAAAAUAAAGAAUAUGGGACAUGGAUACAGUCCUUGUUUUGCAACAAAAUGCGAUGCAUGUCGCCUAUUUAGAAAGUGAAAAAUACUUAAUUACAGCUGCAUUUUUGCUACAAAGAAGACAGUAAACAGCAAAAAGCAAACAGUACUGCAUGUCACAUUGUAAGGGUUCAGAUGUUUUACAAACUCAAAUACUAUACUGCUGACAGCAGAUCAUUAAAACUUACAUUAAUUAGUUUAAAAUAAGUAGAAAAGUAACUAACUACAGGAACAAAGAUACAAAAAGCAGGAAAAUGGAAACCAUAAAAGGAUUAUCUUAGUACCUCAUGAUGCAUAUAUACAUUAUAUACAGGACCUUUAGUAAGAGGAUAACUUUAUUUAUCUCCACCUUCAUUUGCAAUGUUUUCUCAGAUUUGUACUGUUUUUGCAGACAUCAAUGCAAGAAUGCACAUUGACUAUAAGGACACAGAAAAUUCACUUCAACAUUUUGCACAAGGUGGAUCGGUGGCAAUCAUCUGCCUGUUGAUACCACUUUGCUCAUCUGUUUGUACACAGUUCACUUCUCUUGAGAGGAAGAAAGUCGCAGAGCUCAGGUUAUGUAAAACAUAAAUAAUUAAUGCAUCGAUCUUUGAAAGACAACAUCAACAAAAACAAACCCAGGCAUAAACAGUUUCUUGCGUCUCAAAAUCACAUGCAUAACCUCGUCGGUGAAGUUUAAUUAGGCUCACAGCGGACUGCAAAUGCAAACGUUUACAGGUCGCUACUUGCUCGGCUACUAGCACGCACACCUCCAAAAUGCACCUAAUCUGCCUUCUGAGCAAUCGAAGGAAGUUGAAAGUUUUUCAGGACGCAUGGCAAAAUAUGCAGAAAUAUAUUUGCCGUGCUCUCAAAUAGAUGCUGUGAUAUUUCUCAAUGAGAAGGGAGAAAGAUGAGAACACGUAGAAUGAGCAGGAAGAAAAAUGUAUGAGUAGCAGCUCAUAUGGUUUACAAUACAAUUAUACAAUAGUAGAACAACACAGAAAUCAAAAUCUGCAUGAUUCCUUCUGAUGAUGCUCUUACACUGCAAAGUGUAGAAUCACACGCACACACAUACAAAAAUGGGGUUUUCUGAAUUAACAGAGAUUCAGUUAUGUUUGAGCGACGGAGGAGAUCUAGUAUAACAGAGCCUUAUACAUCCUUAUAAAGCCAUGGUGUUAAUAACAGGGGUUUGACUGCAAUAGAUGCCUGACAAACAGAUGACUGACAUUAUUGUGAUUUAACUAUACAUCUAGUGUUUGAUUUGUAUUCGAAUUUUCAUGCUCUAAAGAUUCAGUGCUGUUUAUGAACGUGGAGCAUAUUUACAUACUCCUGCCUUUCAUUGGUAAAUAUUUUAGUUUUAUUGCCAGCUGAUGAAUUUUAACCUCUAAUCACACUUCUCUCAUCUCUGUAGCCUCAUGCUGUACUUUUCCAGCAGUCUGUAGAGCAAUGGUUUGACAAGUCUCCCCGAUGAAACGCCAUAAACACAUCAAAGCCUUGCUUUGUGAUCAUACUAUGAAUUGUAAAUGUUCUUGUCACCAUUGCAAAGACGUUUAGCAAUGUUGUUUUACAAUGCCUACUAAUAUAUUAUGGUUAUUAUAUAUGAAUAUAUUUAAUGACACAAGACAUUGUGGAUUUUGUCUUUUCAACUUUUUUUUUUUAUUACCUGUAUGUGGUUGUUUAGAUUGUUGACAUAAAAGAAGGAAAAUAACUACUGAACACAAACUUGGUAGAACUAAAUUCAGAUUAUCAGUUGAAAUAAACUUGUUACAUUGACAGAUUA